AUGGCAAGAGGCCAUGCCUCUUUUUUCAGCUACAAAUUGAGCAGACCGUAUCCUUUCCGCUGGUUCACUCCAGUGGUCGUCGUGGGCGGCAUCCUGCUCACUGCAUUGUUCUCCGUCCUCAACUACGCAGCCAAUGGAUAUGUGCUUGGAAGCACAUUUGUUGCUGACCCAAACUCCACACUCGCCGAGAAGGCUUGGUUCGAAAAGCCGCCACUCUCUUACCAAAGUAGAUUGUCCGCGAGUUGUCAGCCAGCCAAUAUCGCUCCCGGUACUCAAUUGACGGCGAAUUCUGGGCUUCAAUAUACUUUGGGCAACGUCUGGACAGAUGAUGGAACCGGUGUUGUGGCCUUGCCGUCUUUGACGUACCUCAACAACUCUUUCACAAAUUGUAAGUUCCAGGGCAUCCAGAUCUGCCUCGUCAACUACGAUCCUGAAAGCAAUGGGCCUCACUGGACCUGGAAAAGAGACUCUAGCGCAACGGGAUAUCUGACUUGCUCGGUCGACAAUGGGCGGCUCCCAGUCCAUCUCAAUUUGAGCAUCACUGUCAAAGGCGCCUUGCAGAUGGACCCAGGAAAAUUUGGGUAUGAGUUUCUGACCGCAAAGCGGCAGACCCAAGCCAGUCUCUGGUUUGGACAGCUUCUCAUGUAUGUCCGCUCCAACGGGGGAAUCGUUCCCGUGCAAGAGCUUACCGCUUUCAGGUGGAAGAACUUCAACCAAAUCCUUAACCAGAUGGCACAAGUGAACGAGACACAGACGGGGAUAAUCACCGGCGUAGGAAUAUGCACGUCGAAUACAGAUGAAUCGAGCGUUUUACAAGACGACUUCAUGACCAGCUCAGACCAAACAACGGGCUAUGCUGCCAACUACGGCAUUGUCGGCGGCAGCCGGGUCGAGAUCGGCAACCCACCCAUAGUAGAUACGACAAUUGGAGAAAUAAAUGUCGGACGUGCAGUCGACUACUUCGCAAAGUCACUUUACUCUUUCGUCCUGGCCGAUCUCGGUCAGAGAUUCGGCCCAAACGUGCUCGCCGAUUCAGGAAUUCUGGACGAAUUCUGGACCGCAUGCUCCAACGAAAUUUUUCAGGAUGCAGGCUAUGGUUUUGCAGCACUCGAUAUCAUGCCUAUGAGAAGCUUCGACACAUUGAAGAACACGACAGGUCCAAUUGGCAUUUCAAAGGCGACUCUCAACGCACAGUACUUGUGUCAAAUACCACAUCGAAAAGACACUGGUUCCAUCCUCGUUGCCGUCAUCGUUGCGGAUCUUGUUUUGCUACAGGCUGCUUGGAAGCUCUUUUCCUGGAUCACCACGUUCUGGCUGGAGAAGAAAGAUCCUGAAGCCAAGUUCUGCUCGGGUUGCGCUGCAAAAUUAGGCCCUCCUUUGGUGGGUACAGAGGGUGGUGGCGUGGAUAGAUUGCGCAAUUCGUAUGAAAUGUCCAAGGGCAGUUUCUGUGGAUCUAGAGGGUCUCACUAUGCAAAAGUGCUCACUACACAGGUGGGAACCUUGGCUGGGGACGGCGCCGAAGAGCCCACUACCCAGGUGAGAGUCCUGGCUGGGGACAGCGACGAAGAGACCUUGAAGUUUUCAACUCUACAUGGGCCGACAUGA